ACCCAAUCGAACUCCAACUCAUUCUCCCCAGUAUUUAUUAACAAAAUUCGUUUUUUACAGAAAUCGUCAGAUUGGGGAAGAACUCCGCAGAUCACCCAGGGCAUCCACUGAAUUAGGGAAAUGGAGUUGUGGUGGUGCUCUUUAAGUUAGGAGAUGGAGAAGAGAAGAGUGGAUGAGAGUGUGCAAGUGCCAGCUCCACCAAGAAUAGACAGAUUCGGGUUCGCUAAACAGGAACAUAACUCCCCUGAUCGGCUAGUCAAGAGCAAGUCGGCUUUCGAGUAUCAGAGGGAAGAGAGAAGGCUAAGAAAAUGGCGGAAAAUGAUUGGUGUUGGAGGUAGUGAUUGGAAGCAUUAUGUAAGGAGGAAACCACACGUUGUUAAAAGGCGAAUCCGUAAAGGAGUCCCUGAUUGUUUGAGGGGUCUUGUUUGGCAAUUGAUUUCUGGAAGCCGGGAUCUAUUGCUGAUGAACCCUGGUGUUUAUGAGCAACUAGUUAUAUACGAGACAUCAGCUUCUGAGUUAGAUAUAAUACGGGAUAUAUCUCGCACUUUUCCUUCACAUGUAUUCUACCAGCAACGGCAUGGGCCUGGUCAGAGAUCCCUUUACAAUGUUUUGAAGGCGUACUCUGUAUAUGACAGAGAGGUUGGAUAUGUACAGGGAAUGGGAUUUUUAGCUGGUCUCUUGCUGCUUUACAUGAGUGAAGAAGAUGCAUUUUGGCUGUUGGUGGCAUUACUGAAAGGAGCUGUCCAUGCUCCUAUGGAAGGAUUAUAUUUGGAGGGAUUGCCUCUUGUUCAACAAUACAUGUUUCAGUUUGAUCAUCUUAUGAGGGAGUACCUGCCAAAGAUAGGCGAGCAUUUCACACAAGAAAUGAUAAACCCAAGCAUGUAUGCAAGCCAGUGGUUUAUUACCGUUUUCUCCUAUUCUUUCCCUUUCCAUCUGGCCCUUCGAAUAUGGGAUGUUUUUCUGUACGAGGGUGUGAAGAUUGUGUUUAAAGUUGGCUUGGCUCUGCUGAAAUAUUGCCAUGAUGACUUGGUAAAAUUACCGUUUGAGAAACUUAUACAUUUUCUUCGUAACUUCCCUGAUGAUGCAAUGAAUCCAGAUAUAUUGCUUCCAAUGGCCUACUCAUUUAAGGUAUCGAAGCGAUUGGAGGAACUUAAGCAGGAGUAUGAAAAGAAAAAUGGGAAGGUGGCAGAAUCCCAGGUAAAGCAAAAACAGGCACGGCGGACUGCGUGAGUAGGAAAAUUUUUCUUUGUAAAUACCCAGAAUUUCGAUUCUUCCAAUGGAUCAUCGUUACACAAGUUUUUUAAUCGAUCGGGCAUUAAGAAUCUUGAAAUGGUUUUUACAAGUGUAGUUUCAGAAAUCUUUAAUAUUGGUGAUAUGGCUUCAUGUUUGCAA